AUGUUCCGGUCAAUGAGAGGCAGGACCCCGUCGAGGGCCCUGCAAUUUGGCCAGCACCAGCAGCUCAGCAAGCCAUGCCACCUAACUCGCGGCUCCCUCCAACGCGGUCCUAAGGCUCAAUUCACUACCGCCCGACCUCGCCCUUCCCCCUAUUCCUCUUCCUCAUUCGAGCCUCUUCGGCCUCCGUCGCCAGCGUCCCUAGGCACCCCGCGAGCUCCGAAAACCUACAAGCGCACGCGAAAAUGGCUCCGUCGCCUCCUCGUCCUCUCCGCCACGAGCGGCACCGUCUACUUCAUCGACCGCUACCUCUACGCGUCCAGCCUCGCGCGCACCCUCCGCACCUUUGGAAUCGGCGCCCUCGUCGCACUGGACUACAAGAUCAACUUCCGCCCGCAGCCCAUCACCGGCGGCACCGUGCAGGACGUCCACCUGCGCAGCGCGGAGCGGCUGUUCGACCUGCUGCGCGCAAACGGCGGGCUCUACCUGAAGAUGGGACAAGCUAUCGCGAUGCAGAGCGCCGUUCUGCCGCCUGAGUUCCAGCGCAUGUUCGCGCGCAUGUUUGAUGAUGCGCCGCAGGAUGAGUGGAAGGACGUCGAGGCGGUUAUCGAAGAGGACUUUGGCAAGAGUGUGGAAGAGGUGUUUGGGGUGAGUUUUACGGGAGAGGAGGGUAAGGGCCUUAUGGAGAGGAGAGCCAGGGCCAGUGCUAGUGUAGCGCAAGUCCAUUGGGCUCGACUUCCGGAUGGCCGCGAGGUCGCGAUUAAGAUUCAGAAGCGGGAGAUCGCGAAGCAGAUUGCUUGGGAUCUUUGGGCGUUCAAUUACUGGUUUGACCUGCCCUUUUACACUAUGAUACCCUUCAUAACAGAGCGUUUAGAGUUGGAGACGGACUUUGUGAACGAAGCCAAGAACUCUGAGACUAUGAAGAAGCUUAUUGAGGGCGAACCGGGGAUCCGUGGCCGGGUAUACGUGCCCAAAGUGUACCCCGAAUUUACAACAAGGAGGGUUCUUGUGGCGGAAUGGAUCGAGGGUGUCCGGCUGUGGGACAAGGAAGGACUCACGUCUAUGUGGCUCGGUGGCUCCGGGAAAGGAUCACCUGGCCUUGGUAACGAACUUCAACCUCCUGAUUUCAAUCAUGCUCGGCGGGAAUUGCGCCAGAACCCUCUUCGUGAAAAGCUCAAGCCCGAGAGGCUAGAGUGGAAGGGCCGUCGGGGUCUGGGUGGUCUAGGUCUGACCUCGAAAGAAGUCAUGAAGACGAUGGUGGACCUGUUCUCGGCUCAGAUUUUCAAAUGGGGAGUGGUCCACUGCGAUCCUCACCCGGGUAACAUAUUCGUGCGGCGGAAACCGAACGGCAAGGCCGAAAUGGUCCUCAUCGACCACGGUCUAUACGUUUACAUGAACACAGAAUUUCGCCAUCAGUACUGCGUCUUCUGGAAGGCACUCAUGACUUUUGAUCAUAAGAUGAUGGUUGACAUCACGGAGCAGUGGGGGAUAAGAGGCUCCGAUGUCUUCGCGAGCGCGACACUGAUGCGGCCUUACGAAGGCGAGGAGACGAAGCAGUUCCUACGGGAACUCGAGGGUAAAUCCCCUUCGGAGAAGCAGUUCCUCAUGCAGCAGAAGAUGAAGGCGAGUUUGAAGGACUUCCUCGCCGACGAGGACAAGUGGCCCAAGGAGCUCAUCUUCAUCGGCCGCAACAUGCGCAUCGUCCAGGGCAACAACCAGUACCUCGGGUCGCCUGUCAAUCGGAUUAAGAUGAUGGGCGAGUGGGCGAGCAGCAGCUUGUAUACGGAUCCGAAUCUACCGUUGAAGCAGAGACUCGUGAAUGCGUGGCGACAUCUCCUCUUCAAGACCGUCCUUGUGGCUACGGAUAUUGCGUUUUAUUUCUUCAAGAUCCGCCAGCUGCUGGGCUGGGGCGGGGGCAUGGAGGAGGAAGUUGACCGACAUAUGAGGGACAUGGCUCAUGGGUUUGGGGUAGAGAUUGAAGAGAGUGUCUUCUCAGGGUAA